GUGUGUGGGGAAGGGAGCGCGGAUCCUGCAGCAGGAGCUUAGUGGAGUUGGUGUUUCCUCCGCGCUGCUGUGGAGAGAAAGACUCAACACACACGCAGACAAACAGUGCACCUUCGCCGCCUCACCGAAUGGGCUGCUCAUCCAGAGCCCCAGCAGCAGCAGCUCUCCUUUAAAAUCAUAAUAAAUCCGAGAGCCAUCACUGAAUAAACAUUUCGGAGCGGCUAGAUGUUCUACAGAACCGAUGCGUGAGGAAAUGUCGAGUGUGAUGUGUGUGAAGGAGGUGGAGGGGCAGGGUGACCCUGCAGACAAGCUGUCCCAGGAUGAGCUACUGUGUCGGACACGGGACGUGAUGCAGGGACUGGAGGCUCUGCGUGCGGAACACCAGGCCAUCCUGGAGGGUCUGAUGGGAACACUGUGCUGCCUCAAACAAAACCAGGAAGGUCAAGCUGUUGAAGAGAAAAGCGUCAUGAUUCAGCGCUCGCUAGAAAUGAUCGAGCUCGGGCUUAGUGAAGCACAGGUAAUGAUGGCUCUUUCAGGGCACCUGAGUGCAGUAGAGGCUGAGAAACAGAAGCUCAGGGCACAGGUCAGACGGCUGUGCCAGGAGAAUCAGUGGCUGCGUGAUGAGCUGGCAGGCACACAGCAGCGGCUGCAGAAAAGUGAGCAGAGCGUCGCCCAGCUGGAGGAGGAAAAGAAACACCUGGAGUUCAUGAAUCAGCUAAAGAAAUAUGACCAGGACCUCAGCCCAACAGAUGACAAAGACUCUGACUCGAGCCGGGAGACUCUGGAUGAUCUUUUCCCUGAUGAUCAGGAUGAGCCAGCCUCUGGCAUCCAGCCCCCACACAGCAGUGCUGUAGCAGCAGCUCAGCAGGGAGGAUAUGAGAUUCCAGCACGGCUCCGAACCCUGCACAACCUAGUAAUCCAGUAUGCCUCUCAGGGUCGCUAUGAGGUGGCUGUGCCGCUGUGUAAACAGGCGCUGGAGGACUUGGAGAAGACCUCAGGCCACAACCACCCUGAUGUUGCCACAAUGCUUAACAUUCUUGCCCUUGUCUACAGGGACCAGAAUAAGUACAAAGAGGCUGCAAACCUUCUAAAUGAUGCACUCGAUAUCAGAGAGAAAACACUGGGCAAAGACCAUCCUGCGGUGGCUGCUACACUGAAUAAUUUGGCUGUUCUUUAUGGUAAGCGUGGGAAAUACAAAGAGGCUGAACCACUAUGCAAAAGGGCACUGGAGAUCAGAGAAAUGGUGCUAGGAAAGGACCACCCAGAUGUGGCAAAGCAGCUGAAUAACCUCGCUUUGCUGUGUCAGAACCAGGGCAAGUAUGAGGAAGUGGAAUAUUACUACCAAAGGGCCCUUAACAUCUAUCAGACCCAGCUGGGCCCUGAUGACCCCAACGUAGCCAAGACCAAAAACAAUCUGGCCUCAUGUUAUCUGAAGCAAGGGAAGUUCAAGCAAGCAGAGACUCUCUAUAAAGAGAUCCUCACACGAGCUCAUGAGAGGGAAUUUGGCUCUGUAGAUGGUGAGAACAAGCCUAUCUGGAUGCAUGCAGAGGAGAGAGAGGAACAGAGUAAAGGCAAGCAGAAAGAUGGCUCCCCUUUUGUAGAGUAUGGUGGAUGGUAUAAGGCCUGCAAAGUAGACAGCCCUACUGUAACAACCACUUUGAAGAACUUGGGAGCUCUGUACAGGAGGCAGGGCAAGUUUGAGGCCGCUGAGACACUGGAAGAAGCUGCUAUGCGUUCCCGAAAAAAGGGUCUGGACUCAUCUCAUAAACAGCGUGUGGCUGAGGCUCUGGGGGAUCCAGAAGCUCGGGAGAAGCAGCGCAGCAGAGAGAGUCUGAUCUCUGACACGGUGAAGUACGAGAGUGGCCCAGAUGGAGGAGAGGAAGAGCAGUGCUCAGGGCACACAGCAGAGGAGACUGCAGCAGAGCGAAGAGGGGACGGCACGGGCUCAUUAAAGCGCAGUGGCUCCUUCAGUAAACUCCGAGCCUCAAUUCGCCGUAGCAGCGAGAAGCUUGUCCGCAAGCUCAAAGGAGGCAGCUCACGAGAAACCGAACCCAAGAAUCCUGGCAGCAUGAAGAGGGCCAGCUCUCUGGGGGUUCUCAACGUCCCGGACAAACCUGUGGGCGAACUCUUCAAAGAAAGAAAUAAUCGUCUGAGGAAGAGUCGGGAUCUGAGUGCCAGUCACACUGACCUUGCACAUUGAAGCUCUGCAUAGCAUAUUGCUGAUGAAGUCGAGAGGGUACACUGAAGGCACGGACUGAGGCAACUUCGACACUCCUGGACUCAACUAUUAUUUUUUUGUUUUGUUUCAUUUUAAACAGGAAACCAAUUGUAGACAUUUACCUUCACUUGUCUGCAUUUUGCAGAUCAGUAGACAAAUUUGACUUGUGUACUGUCGUUCAACACUAGAAAUAAUACGAUCAACUGCUGAAUAAGUGCAAAUAACAGUCAUGCGUUCUGAACCCACUCCCAGAUCCACAAGUGUGAGUACUUCGAUGCCCACUUGUGAAAUCAAAUUGAACAUAGCACAUUAUUCAGGCUCAGGUUAGGGAUUUCCACAUAUGUUGCACUUUCGACCCAAUGAUUAAUGAUCAUCUAUACGUCAUUUUAUUUUCUUUUGUUUAUCUUUUUGUUUAAUGUGUGUGAAAGACAACAGAAUGCGGCUCUGUGAUUUGGAAAUGAGCAUACAGAUGUGUGAAGUUUGAUUUAUUCCUAUUAGUUCGUUUUUCUACCCAGUUCAUUUUCAUUAGCAGCAGACAUUCAGUUUUGUAAGUUUGUCUUGCUUUUUUGUGGUAAAUUAUGAACCACACCUGUUAAACUCUGUUUACAUUCUGUACAUUUUAUUAUGGCAUUAGAUUUCUCUCUCUCUCUCUCGUGCUCUCUUGUUUUUAGUUUUUUGGUCGUGACCCAAUCUACAGAAGUAGCCUUAAAUAGUCUAUUAACCAGAUGUUUUUCUUUUAGAUGUCCAUAAUUUAAAAUGUGGAUCAAAGUUUUCAUAACUACCAAGAAAAACCAGCACUUCACUGGUCUCAUGGAAGAAAAAGGUUCCCAGCCUUUUCUUAGAUAUUAUUGCUAAACUUUUAUCAUCUGUUACAUUUUCUAAAAGUAUAAUGUUAUACAGAUUGAUGUACAGGAGUUAAUGAACUGAAACUAUUUAACUUUUCACAUUGUUCAUAUAUCCGCUACAGACAAAAUAUUUCAAAAAGGAUUAUUAAAGAAAUGUGUAUUGCCUCUUUUUUUUUUCAGCUUUGGUUGGUUGAAGUAGAGCUGAAAUCACAGUUACAGCUGAAUGUGCACUGUAGAUUAUAUCUUUGACCAGUCUUGAAGUAGCUAAGCGUGACCAGGUCUGGUCUCUAAUUAGUGAUUGAGAUGGAUUACUGAUUGGUAAGGCAACUACUUUAUAAUUUAAUGGUAUAAAAUGUCGUCUUAUUGUUAUCAGCUCUUUAAUCCAAAGAGUAUACCAUUUUCUAAGAAUAAAAAUGGACCACUGAAGGCAAGGUUCAACUGCAAAAACAGGUAUGACAAAAAGUUCAUGCAGGUUUGUUGUACAUUAUACACUGCAUUGUAUGAUCGCUGCGGUAUGCUGCUUCUCUGCAUUGUGACAAAGUGCAAUAUUGUAGCUGCUUUGUGUGUUUGUUCUGUUUGAACUUGUAUAUGACAUUCUACUGACAGGAGCUGCUUGGCUUUGUGUCUUUGUUAAUAAAAUUGUGAUAAAAAAAUGUCA